CCAUUUCUUAAACUUCAAACCCCUUUCCCCCCUCUUCCCCCCCAACACAACCAUGCCUAUCGCCCUUGGCAGGUUCCUGGGAGAGCUGGCGCUCAUUGUGGUCCUGGAAUGGCUGAGAAGAUGGUACACUUUCAGACUACGUCCAAAUAUGAUCGGCACGUACAUCCUCUCGCAGGACUCGCCUCCGGGAGGAGAGUACAGAGGACCCAUGACCAACCUCAGCAAUAAAUCACCGCCUGUUUACAAUAUCGUCCUCCUUGGACAAACUCAAGCUGGGAAGAGCACCUUUCUUCAAGGCGUUCGCAGAUAUGCAGACCCAGCUUGUGAAAUCGACAUCAGCUCUAUCGGAGGCGGCAAUCAAUCUCAUACGUCAGAAGUGCAAAUGCAGCAAAUCGAGACCAGCUUUCCCCUGUACCGCGUUUACGAGGCCGAGGAAGAUCAAGACCAAUCGGCCUCUCCACAUCCCACCCGAGAAGUUGCCAUGGAGUCGCUUCUUCGAGGGUGCGCCAUCAGAGAAUAUAAAACCAGAAUCGAUCGAAUGGACAACCUGGUUGCUCACAAGGACAAGCAUUCCGUGUAUCCCGAGUGCCUCAUCCGAGUCUUUGAUACUCCCGGACUGGAGGACACCAAUUCGUACGAUGAGAGGAACGUUGCAAAGAUACUCACGUCCCUGUCAAGCGAAAACGCCGUUCAUCUUGUCCUCAUUGCGGUCUCGAGCGGCAAUCCAUUGACACCUGGGCUUGUAGAAGCGCUCAAGACGUAUUCCAAGAUAUUCUCGGCCAUGGGUGGUCUAUUGGCCAUCGUUCACACGAAGUUCGAGUACAGAACUCAACAUCCGGACGACAAAAAGACCGUGGCUUUCAUGAAGGAAAGAGCCGCGGACUUGGACAGGAUCAUGGGCAGGAAUAUGACUCAUUUCAUGCUCGACUGCGACCUUGACGAGGACCGACCCAUUCACAUCUAUCUUCGACAAACGACUAUCCGCAAUAUUCUCCUCGCGGCAACACAUAAUACUCCCGUGGCUCUCAACACAAUGCAGCUGUACAAGACCAGUAAAAUGCAGGACGUGGAUGCUCUCACAGCAAGACAGCAAAGCCAGGUGAAGGCGGACCUUGAAGAACAGAGAAGACACAUGGAGGAGGAACAGCGUAAACGCUUGGCGGAUGCCAGUGAUCUGGAGAGAAGGAUUAAUGAGACCAGGGGCCGUAUUCGAGGACUGGAUGUAUUCAUUAAUAAGAACGAGACUGACGAACUAGUAUCUAUGCGCGAGGAGAGAUUUGAGAAUGGCUUUAACUUCUUUGCGAUUCCACAGGAAGUAGAGCUAAAGGCCUACGACCUGCCAUACAAGAUCGAUCAUGUCGAGGUGCAUUGUGAUGGAGUUAGAGUUUUGCAUCAGGAUGGAGGAUACGGCCACCAUCAUUGGUAUGUCAAGUUUGUCCGAUUCUGGCACAUGCAUGGCAUCUACCAUGCCAAGCUCUUCGUCAAGCGGCGUAACAAGAUGCACCAAGAAAUUAAUCAGACAAAGGCCGAGCUGGAGAGAUGCAACAGGACGAAGGACGACAUGAUCUGCAGGCGGUCUGAAAUAAUUGCGACGAACGAAUUCCUGAACGGACCGUACGGGGUGCGACGAGAACUGGAGCAGAAACAGGGUGUUUGCUCGGAGAUAAUUGCACAAUGCUCACGCGAGACGCUGACCUUGGAUCUGUUCAAUGCCUUGGUGAAAGGAGGAGUGUAUGAGAACACGCCUGCCGAGUGUAUGGACAAGGUUUCGGCAUUUUAUGCGGCCUAUUCUCAUGCAGAGGCCUAGAGGGUUCGAUUUGGCCAUUGCUUUACGGCGCACCGUGUGCUUUUGUUUGAGCGCGAAUGGUUCGUAGUUCCUCAAUAAAUAAAAAAAAAUAGGGGCGAGUAUCAGAGGCACUGCGGAUGUGCUGUGCUUCGCCAAG